UUCAACAUACAUGUCUAUAGAAGAUAAAUUACCCACAUGUGAUAGACAACAUUGUUUUGAUGAUUCAUGUAUAGAUCAAGCAGUUGGUCAAGUUAAAGAUGAGAAACAAACUCAAGUAAAUAACAAAGCUUUUGAUGAUUCAUGUAUUGAUCAAGCAGUUGGUCAAGUUAAAGAAGAGAAGCAAACUCAAGUAAAUAACAAAGUUAAAGAAGUAUGCAAAGAGGUAAAAGAAGAAGAAAGUGUAGGAAAUGGUAGAGAUAAUAAGCAUUACAAAGAAGUAUGUGUAGUCGUAGUUGGAGAUGGGGCCUGUGGAAAAACAUCUCUUAUAGAAGUGUUUAAAACAGGAGAAUUCAAGAAGAAUCAUAUACCAACUUGCUUUCAAACAUACAAUUCCUCAAUUACAGUUCAAGGAAUAGAGGUCCAACUUAAAGUGAGGGACACACCUGGUCAAGAAAAUUUUGCCGACAUGAGGAGCAAAGCCUAUCAUGAUGCUGAUGUAUUUAUUGUGUGCUUUGCAGUAGACAAUCAAGAUAGUUUUUCUAAUGUGAAUUCAGUUUGGAAUAAAGAAUUAAAGACAAACUAUCCAGAAGUACCCAGAAUUUUAGUAGGAAAUAAAAUAGACAUAAGGGAAAAUAAGAAAAAAAUAGAAAAACUUCAGAAAGAAAAAAAAAACAUAAUCAAUGAUGAAACAGCUAGUGAUGUGAAAGACAUUCUUGGCAUGAAUGACUAUGUAAGUUGCUCAGCUAAAAUAAAUACAGGUGUUGCAGAUGUGUUCAAAGCUGCUGCUACUGCAGCUAUAUAGCUAAAUUAGACAUUAUUUGUACAUAAUUGUUGAGAUACCAACCAAAUGUGUGAAAGGAGUAAACUUUUUGUCAGAUCUCAAUCCUCACCUGAUAUGAAUUAUUUUCAAAAGUGAAAUGUAUUUUUUAGCUCACCUGACCUGAAAGGUCAAGUGAGCUUUUCUCAUCACUUUGCGUCCGUCGUCCGUAAACUUUUACAAAAAUCUUCUCCUCUGAAACCACUGGGCCAAAUUUAACCAAACUUGGCCACAAUCAUCAUUAGGGUAUUUAGUUUAAAAAAUGUGUCCGAUGACCCCGCCAACCAACCAAGAUGGCCGCCAUGGCUAAAAAUAGAACAUAGGGGUAAAAUGUAGAUUUUGGCUUAUAUCUCUGAAACCAAAGCAUUUAGAGUAAAUCUGACAGGGUAAAACUGAUUAUCAGGUCAAGAUCUAUCUGCCCUGAAAUUUUCAGACAAAUCUGACAAUCUGUUGUUGGGUUGCUGCCCCUGAAUUGGUAAUUUUAAGGAAAUUUUGCAGUUUUUGGUUAUUAUCUUGAAUAUUAUUAUAGAUAGAGAUAAACUGUAAACAGCAAUAAUGUUCAGCAAAGUAAGAUCUACAAAUAAGUAUCCAUGACCAAAAUUGUCAGUCGACCCCUUUGAGAGUUAUUGCCCUUAAUAGUCAAUUUUUAACAAUUUUUCGUAAAUUUUUGUAAUCUUUUACAAAAAUCUUCUUCUCUGAAACUACUGAGACAAAUUUAACCAUACUUGGCCAUAAUCAUUAUUAGGGUAUCUAGUUUUAAAAAUAUGUCCGAUGACCCCGCCUUCCAACCAUCAUUGCCGACGUGGUUAAAAAUAGACAAUAGGGGUAAAAUGCAGUUUUUGGUUUAUAUCUCUGAAACUUAAGCAUUUAGAGCAAAUCUGACAGGUGGGAAAAAUGUUCAUCAGAUUUAGAUUUAUCUGCCCUGAAAUUUUCAGACGAAUCCGACAACCCGUUGUUGGGUUGCUGCCCCUGAGUUAGUAAUUUGGCAAAAAUUUUGCUGUUUUUUGUUAUUAUCUUAGAUAUCAUUAUAAUAUCUAAUAUCUAAUACUAUUAAUUAUGAUUUUAACCUUAUUUUACAUGAUUUCCAAAGCAUCAGUAAAUACAGGUGAGCGACACAGGCUCUUGAGAGCCUCUAGUUAUUUCAUUAAACAGUAUGUAGAUAUUGAAGGAAACCAGGCCAGAUUCUGUUCGUGUGCCCUGUUCAUGUCCUUUCUUAUAAGAUUAACAUUUUAGCAUUGCCACAUAUAUUACAAUAAGAAAGCAUAACUUUUGUAUUGUUCGAUUAACUGUCAGAAAUUUGAAUACUCUUUGAUAUGACAUCAUUAUACCCAAUGUUUUAUAGUUAUGCAGGGUAUAGUGUUUGACCAUUCUUUCCCUUUUGUAUGUCCAUUAGUCAUUUUCGUUUCCGGUUUCAUACUGCAAUAUUUCAUAUCAAAUUGCAACCAUACUUGAAUAUGUAUUCUAAUGCAAUUAUUUUGUAUAAAUGGUUCUGAUUGGAUGACAGUAAGCGUAAAAUUCUCUAUCUCCUUGUCUGUAACUAAGGAAGCCGACAUUUUGAAUUGCGGAAUGUAUUGACAUGUAAUUUCUACAAUAAUAAGCAAAUAAACUCACAUGUUGCACCUAGAAAUCGUCUUUUUAUCAAAUUUUAUUACAUUCUGAAGCGACCAAGAUGCCAGAAAACUCCCGGUGUUUACAUUUGACGCCGGAAGCAUACCUAUGACGUCACCUAGUUUAGGGGCCAAAGAAGAUAACAUCUUUUCACGGAAAUUUCUUUAAUGAAAAUUUUACACUGAAAUAAUGAUUGAAAUUGAACUGUGUACUUGUUUUGCAUUAGAAUAGAGAUAACUGUAUUGUAUUUGAAGCUUUGCGGACGUCCAUCGGUAGUUUUAC